UUAAUAAUUUGUUUUCCAAUUGUCUAAUGGUUUUGCCUUCCCUCGCAUUCUCCUCUCUCAUAUUCCGUGUUUCUUCUUCUUCUUCUGUUCUGAUAGAAAGAUUCUGUCUGAGUCAUUCAUUUCCAUCUCAGAGUGCCAAACAAAGCCUUAAAUAAUGUAAUAAAACCUAAAUAUAAUAAAAGAUUCAGCAAUUGCCUAAUGCAAGAGACGCUCCUCGGUGUAUUUCAACCCAACUCCGCCGCAGAUAAAGAAGACAAACAAAUCGAACUCCUUGUCCCGUCUCCUUGCCACUUGGUGGGCACCCGGACCCUAUCGCAGCCCAGCUGCCGGCGCGUGAAUCCCACGCGCGGCGAAAUCACAGCCGUUGUUUCUGAAAGGAUCCUCCCCAACGGCGACAUUUACACCGGGACUUUGUCCGGUAGCGUGCCUCACGGGAAGGGAAAGUACCUGUGGUAUGAUGGCUGCAUGUACGAAGGUGAGUGGAAGAGAGGCAAAGCCUGCGGGAAUGGCAAGUUCUCAUGGCCGUCAGGAGCCACAUACGAGGGCCAGUUUAAGGACGGCCGGAUGGACGGUCACGGCACGUUUAUAGGCCUCGACGGUGACACAUACAAAGGGCAGUGGCUGUCAGACCGGAAGCACGGCUUUGGUGAGAAGCGGUACGCCAAUGGAGAUGUGUACCAAGGCUGGUGGAGGUCCAACUUGCAGGAUGGUGAAGGGAAGUACAGGUGGAGCAAUGGGAACGAAUACUCCGGCCAGUGGAAGCAUGGGGUGAUUGAUGGAAAGGGUGUUUUGAUUUGUGCCAACGGGAACAGAUAUGAAGGGCUGUGGGAAAAUGGUGUUCCUAAAGGGAAAGGGGUCUUCACUUUUUCUAAUGGGAAUAACAGAAAUGAAGGGAAUUUCAAGGAUGCUAGGAAGAGGUCGUCUGUGGAUUCCAAUGUUCCCAGGAUUUGUAUAUGGGAAUUGGAUGGAGAAGCUGGAGAUAUUACCUGCGAUAUUGUUGACAAUUUGGAGGCUUCAAUAAUGUCAUAUGAUGAUAAAGAUGGUGACAGUAAUGUUAAUGGUAAUGGUAAGGAGAAUCACAAUGCCAGAGCAAGAGAGGCUGGGCAGUGCCAGAAAAGCCCUUGUAGCUCUGCUGAUGAUGAUGUUAAGAAACCAGGGCAAACGAUUUCAAAAGGGCAUAAGAAUUAUGAUCUAAUGCUUAACCUUCAAUUGGGUAUCAGGUAUUCUGUGGGGAAGCAUGACUCGAUGAUAAGGGAACUGAGGCAAUGUGAUUUUGAUCCCAAGGAGAAGUAUUGGACGAGGUUUCCACCGGAAGGAUCAAAAUCUACGCCGCCACAUCAGUCAGUUGACUUCAAAUGGAAGGAUUACUGUCCCAUGGUUUUCAGACAUCUGAGGGAAUUGUUUGCAAUAGAUCCGGCGGAUUACAUGGUAGCUAUUUGUGGAAAUGAUGCACUUAGGGAAUUUUCUUCCCCUGGAAAGAGUGGAAGCUUCUUUUACCUGACGCAAGACGACAGAUUUAUGAUAAAAACUGUGAAGAAAUCCGAAGUUAAGGUUCUCAUUAGGAUGCUUCCAAGUUAUUACCAACAUGUUUGCCAGUACAAGAACUCCUUAGUAACAAAGUUCUUUGGUGUACAUUGUGUGAAAUCAGUUGGAGGUCAAAAGAUCCGUUUUAUUGUAAUGGGCAAUUUGUUUUGUUCCGAGUACCGUAUCCAUAAACGCUUUGACCUGAAGGGUUCUUCUUAUGGCCGCGCUACUGACAAAGCUGAGGGACAAAUUGAUGAGACAACCACACUUAAAGACCUGGAUCUUAAUUUCAUUUUUCGCCUUGAACGGUCAUGGUAUCAAGAACUCAUCAGGCAAAUAUAUAGAGAUUGUGAGUUCUUAGAAGCUGAAGGGAUCAUGGAUUAUAGUCUUUUAAUUGGUCUUCACUUCCGUGAUGAGGUGAAGAUGCCACUAAAAGUCCUUUAUUUUGAAAAAAGAAAUAUGUGUCAGGAUAAGACCUCAAUGCGAGGUUAUCACCUGCUGCCAGAUAUGGAUUGGGUUAUGGAAGGACGGGGCCCAUUUAUCCGGCUGGGGGCGAACAUGCCUGCGAGAGCGGUGUGUGUGCCAAGAAUAGAGUUAGACCAGUACGCAGGUGGUGGAGGCAUCAAUUCAACACCUUCACAGGUUGUUGGUGAGAUCUUUGAGGUGGUUCUCUACUUUGGUAUCAUUGACAUUCUCCAAGAUUAUGAUAUAAGCAAAAAGCUAGAACAUGCAUACAAGUCCUUGCAAGUGGAUGCCACGUCGAUCUCAGCUGUUGAUCCAAAGCUAUAUUCAAAAAGGUUCCGGGAUUUCAUACACACAAUCUUUGUGGAGGACAAGUGAAGGAGACGGAAAGAGUGAAUGAAAAACUGGAUAAUUUAGCACUGCAACUAAAAUCUGGGUGAGACCUGCAGGAAGCAGGGUGCUGGAUGUGCGAGUUUCCUGGGCUGUGGAUGAAAUGCUGAUGUACCCAUGUAUUCAGGCUGGUUGAUAGCUGAAUUUUUUUAGAAUCACCAUGGUGAACAAAGGAAAUUUCAGGCAAAUAAAGUGAUCUUUCUUUGUUUUGGUUUAUUGUGAGAAUUGAGACGCCCAGAAACACAAGGAAACUGAGUGCAGAAAGUACAGAAAUGGUUCUGGCUGAGUUCAAAAUAGGGAGGGAUUGGAUUGGUGUAAAAAAGUGUACAGUCAAAAGCAAAGAAAGGAUGAAUAUCUGUUGUGUGUCCCCACACAUCCAAAGAGAGGGAGCGAGAGAUUGGAAUUGAGUGGAGCGUGUUAAACAAUAUUCAAAUUUAGAACCGAUGGUUUGGUCUGCUGGCUGAGCAAAGAAGAAAAGAGAAAAUGAUGAGCCUCUUUUUUUUUUUUUUUUUUUUUUUUUCUGACGUUCAUUCAAUCAAGCAUGUUAGCUUUGUUUUUUCCAUGAAAAGAAGAGAAAAGCGCAAGGAAAGAUUUGGGUGUUUCCUUGGCUCAUGUUCUUUAUUUAUCUCUUUAUUGAAUUCAAGGUUUGAAAAGUGAAAUAACAGUAUAGUAUAAUACUAGUGUGUGUCCCUUCAUGCAUUUUUUGAACAGGGCAAGAUGUCGGGCAGCAUGACAAAGCAAUGAGAUGGGGAUGCAUCGUGCCUAAAAUUAUCUUGCCCUUUUGCCGCGUCAAAAGUUACUUAUUUAUUAACCUAAAAUUUUAAGAAAAUA